AGACGGCAAAAUAUGAUACGAAAGCACUGAGUUGCCAUCAAUACCGCUCCCUUUGUUGGAGCCUAGCUAGCGUCUGACCCAAGGAAUGGACGCGCCGGCGCAUGUUCUCGUGUUCCCGUGGCCGCUGCAGGGCCACAUCAACUGCAUGCUCCAUCUCACCGCCGCCCUCCUCGACGCCGGCUUCCGCGUCACCUUCCUCCACACCGAGCACAACCUCAGCCGCCUUGCCCGAGCGGCGCUGCCGCCGGGCCUCCGCCUGCUGUCCGUUCCUGACGGCCUCCCGGACGACCACCCCCGCUCGGUGCGCAGCCUCAAGGAGCUCACGGAGUCCAUGUUCACGACGGGCAGCGCUGCGUACCGCGCCCUGCUACUGUCGCUUCGAUCCGAUUCCGAUGCACCGCCGUUGACUUGCGUUAUCGCCGACGGCAUCAUGCCGUUCGCAGUCGACAUCGCGGAGGAGCUCGGCGUCCCGGCCCUCGCCUUCCGCACGGCCAGCGCGUGCAGCUACUUGGCGUACCUGUCCGUGCCAACGCUCGUGGAGCUCGGCGAGGUCCCCUUCCCUGCAGACGACCCGGUGCGCGGCGUCCCAGGGAUGGAGGGCUUCCUACGGCGGCGAGACCUUCCACGUGGAGUCGGCCGCAGCGAGGACGGCGCCUUCGACCCCAUGCUGCUGGCGAUCGCCGAGGGCAUCGCUCACGCCGGCAAGGCGCGGGCACUCAUACUAAACACCGCCGCGUCUAUGGAGGGUCCAGCGCUCGCGCGCAUCGCGCCGCACAUGCGCGACCUCUUCGCCAUAGGCCCUCUGCAUGCAGAGCAUGACGCAGCCGCUAGCCUGUGGAGCGAGGACGAUAGCUGCAUGGCGUGGCUCGACGGCCACGGGGACCGCUCCGUUGUGUACGUGAGCCUAGGAAGCCUCGCCGUGAUCUCGCACGAGCAGUUCACCGAGUUCCUGGCCGGCCUCGUCGCCACCGGCUACGCCUUCCUCUGGGUGCUCCGGCCGGACAUGGUGAAGACCACAGGCUCCGUGCUCCGAGAAGCCGUCAAGGAGGCGGGCAGCAAGGCGCGUGUGGUGGAGUGGGCACCGCAGAGGGGCGUGCUGCGGCACCGCGCGGUGGGGUGCUUCCUGACGCAUGGUGGGUGGAACUCGACGCUGGAGGCCGCGGCCGAGGGCGUGCCGAUGGUGUGCUGGCCAUUCUUCGCCGACCAGCAGAUAAACAGCCGCUUCGUAGGCGCGGUGUGGAGGACGGGUUUGGACAUGAAGGACCUUUGCAACAGGGCCAUCGUACAGGGGAAGGUGAGGGAAGCCAUGGAGUCCGGCGAGCUCAGAGGUAGGGCCCAUGCAAUGGCGCAGCAGUUGAAGCUAGACGUUGCGGUGGGGGGUUCGUCGUCAUCCGACCUGGAGCGGCUCGUCGGCUUCAUCAGGGAGCUCAGAGCCCGUGAGCCUAUGUCCUAUGAUGAUGUAUCUCAGUAGUAUAAUUUUUUUUUGUUUGAGAAACAGUAGUAUAGUUAUUAGUUCUAAGUAUGCAUCAGUCACGUCACUUUUUCUCCAUCAUCAUGACAACUUUUUCCUCAUAUUCCUGAAACUUCUCUCCUCUAUUCCCUAUCAGAGUGCACACAAUAAUACUUCACCUUCCCAUGCAUUUUUCACAUGAUUUCAGAGUUUGAAUCUAAUUUAUCUUUUGAACCAAUAGUCUAAUUUAUGAUAUGUUUGCAUCUUUGUGUUUCAUGCAAUGAGGACUUCGA